UUUAUAAUAGUACUGAUGCAAUACUUUACAGUGCACCUCAUAUUACUCACAGUAUAAUGUUAAUUGUAUCAAUACAUCCCUUUUUGAAUAAGAUAAUAUGGUUUGUGUGAGGAUUUCAUAAAUGAGUUUAAAAAGUGCAAUCACUUUAACAUGUUUCACUAAAUAUUUUUACGUUCAGAAAAUAUAAAAGCAAAACAUUUAGAUUCCUAAUGUCAAUUUCAAUACAUUUCUAAUCAGAUUAUAUAGGUAGGUAUAUUUAUAAUACUUACCAAGCAUCAAUAUUAUUAAAACAGAAACAUGACUUAUUGAUAUAGAUGUAGUCCAAUUAUUUUAAUAUAAUUAUUAAAGUAUCUUAUUAAUCAUUUAAGAUAAAUAUUAUAUAAAGAAAAAUAUUUUAUAACUAAAAACAUAAAUAUAAAAAUUAAAUUUCAACAAAAGUGUAAAAUAAAAAAUAUACCCGCUCUAGUAAACAGUUAAAAUGCAAGAGAUCGCCUCAUGACUAAACUAAAAUAGAAAGAGCCAUUGAUUUGAUUUGAGAUCCAAACAAGAAAAAUAUCGUGAAAUCUCCUCCUCCUCUCUGUGUAUAGAUUCCUCUAGAAGAUUCUGAAUGGCGACGGAGAUGAUGUCUCCGCCGGGGGAAACGGCGAGUCUUCUCUCUCACGCUUCCGCCUCUCAGCAACCGUACGUCUCCGAGCUCCUCUCCUUCACUCUCGAUCGUCUCCACAAGGAGCCGGAGCUGCUUCGAGUGGACGCGGAGCGGACUCAGAGGCAAAUGCAAGAGGUUGCAGUUGGGAACUACCGCGCGUUUAUCACCGCUGCUGAUGCUUUGCUUGCCAUCCGCCAGCAAGUAUCCUUCAUCGAUAAGCAUCUCGAGUCUCUCAUUUGCCAAGUCCCUAAACUAAUGUCUGGUUGCACAGAGUUUAUUGAUUCUGCUGAGAGUAUCCUGGAGAAGAGGAAGAUGAACCAAGCUUUGCUGGCAAAUCACAGCACUCUUCUUGACUUGCUUGAGAUUCCUCAGCUUAUGGACACAUGCGUGAGAAAUGGAAAUUUUGAUGAAGCUCUUGACCUGGAAGCAUUUGUAUCGAAACUUGCAACCAUGCAUCCCAAAUUGCCUGUUAUCCAAGCACUUGCAGCUGAGGUUAGACAAACAACUCAGUCACUUCUCUCACAGCUUCUCCAGAAACUACGCUCCAAUAUACAGUUGCCAGAAUGUGUUCGAAUUAUUGGAUACUUGCGCCGAAUAGGAGUCUUUGGCGAGUAUGAAAUGCGGUUACAGUUCUUAAGAUGCCGUGAGGCAUGGCUCACUGGAAUUCUUGAGGACCUAGACCAGAAAAAUGCUUAUGAGUAUUUAAAAGGCAUGAUAAACUGUCAUAGAAUGCACCUCUUUGACGUGGUUAAUCAGUAUCGAGCUAUUUUUGCUGAUGAUACAUCGGGGAGUGAAGAAAAUUAUGACGGUGGACUUCUGUUUAGCUGGGCCAUGCAUCAAAUAACAUCGCACCUGAAGACUCUGAAAAUCAUGCUCCCAAAGAUUACUGAAGGAGGAUCUCUAUCGAAUAUUCUGGAUCAGUGCAUGUACUGUGCUAUGGGACUUGGUUGGGUUGGGCUAGACUUCCGUGGUUUGCUUCCUCCUCUUUUUGAAGAGGCGGUUCUGAACUUGUUUUCCAAGAACAUGAACACAGCAGUUGAGAAUUUCCAGUUAGUUCUGGAUUCACAUCGAUGGGUUCCAUUACCAUCUGUUGGCUUCCCAUCAAGUGGUAUCAAUGACGAUAGCAAAGAUGACGUCACACCUCCAUCAUACUUGAUGGAACACCCGCCUCUUGCAGUUUUCAUAAACGGUGUAUCUGCUGCUUUGAACGAACUACGUCCGUGUGCCCCACUAAGUCUGAAGAAUGUUAUUGCUCAUGAAUUGAUCAAAGGGUUUCAGGCGGUCUCUGACUCCUUACUUAGAUACAACACAACUCGGAUGCUUCGACUCAAUGAAUCCAAACUCUUCCUCUCGCUUUGCCGAGCUUUUGUCGAGGUGGUUUUUCCACAUUGCGCCACAUGCUUUGGCCGGUGUUAUCCAGGUGGUGCCAGUAUCGUUAUGGAUGCCAAGAGCGCGUACGACGGUCUAAGUCGCAUAUUAGCCGCUUCUUCCUCUCCAGAACCAUCCAACAAACUAGUAAAGACCAUCAGCACCGACGCAACGAGUGCAUCAGAGAACGGUAUCGCCUCCCAAGUCGAAGAAAAACAAGUCGAGAGCCCGAACGAAAAAGAAGAGGAUAGCCCCAUUCCCUUGCAGAUCCCUGAGACAACACCACACGAGUCUUGAAAGUUUUCUUAAUUUUUCUUAUAACGGCAUGACAAAAAUAAACAUGAGGGAAAAUUAAUCGAAGAACGACAAUAGAUUAUCUAUAUAGUAUCUGAAUACACUAUGUUUUGAGACUUGGACCCAGAUAUUUUUUGUUUGUUUUUAGUGUAUUCUGAUAUAAAAUCGAAGAAUAACUUUGGAAUAUCGAAUUAAUUGGCCGCAAUAAUCAGUA